AAAGCGGGGUCGUGGAGGCACUGCUUCCGGAGUAGCAUUUCGGCGGUGCAGAAGGUGGCUCCAGCGGCUUCCUGAGUCAGACAAGGCUUUCACCAACAGACGCCUUGGACCAUGGCCUCUGACCUUGACUUCCAACCUCCAGAGGUGCCUGAGCCCACGUUCCUGGAGAACCUGCUGCGCUAUGGACUCUUCCUGGGGGCCAUCUUCCAGCUCAUCUGUGUGCUUGCCAUCAUUGUGCCUGUGCCCAAGUCCCCGGAGGCGGAGGCAGAGCCCGCGGAACCCAGGAACAUGGAGGCGUUGAAGAAGCCCAGGGCCACAGUUCCUUCGGCUAACAAGAGAGCCAAGAAGGAGACCAAGAAGAAGCGAUAGAAGGAGAGGCUGUGGAGCCAGGCUGGCGGCCAUCCCGGAAUUUACAUCCUGUCUCCCCUCUCUUUGACCCAAGCUCAGGCCAAGGUGGCCGCAACACCCCCUGACCACAGAGCUCUGGACAGUGCCGAUGGUCCCCAGGCUCCUGCUGGGUGGCCACCACUUCCUGUGCCUCUGCUUCCGGCGCCAAAGGGGACUGAACUGCUCUGGAGCCAAGACUGCAUUAGGAGGGCUGUGCAGAGGCAGCGUCGACUCCCCGAGUCACAUCUUCUUCUGUCAUGGUCAUGGCCGUCUGCAGUCACCGCCUGUGGUUUCACACUACAUCUUGGGGUCAUUAUCUCAUGCUGAGCAGCAGCCCUCUCCCAGAUGCAAAUACCACAGACAGCCUGCUGAGCAGUCACUUUAGUCUGUGUUCAGGUCAGGAUGCCAGGGCCUGGCACCAUCUGUGAUCCUGCCAGCUGCGAGAGCCUGGGCCGCAAGAUGCCUGGUACUGCUCCAGCAGGUGGAAGGGAUUUGGCCGAAUGAGUGCUGAUGUUGUGGCCACGAGCUACUCAUCAGUCUCAGACCAGCGUGUUGUCAUCCCUGCCAUAACUCAUCUAGGCGUGCCUCUGUCCCUAUAGUGCCCACCCCCACUUUUUCAUUCCUUGGCCAGGGAAGAAAAGUUAUUUGGGACAUAAAGGCCAAUAAAAUGACUGCAUGUUGAUCCUGCUUAUAAGUUACCUGUGUGGUAGGAAA